UCUCACGAGGCGCGCGGCCACGCCCUGCUCAUUAAUAUGCAUCGUGUGAGCUAGUCCGCAGUUUAUAAAGCGCCGCCCCCUUCAGCGCGGUGCUGCUGCGGAUUAGCUCUGCUCGUGAUAUUACACCGGUUCAGCUCUAACCAAAACACAUCCUACAGAAAAUGGCAUCCACUAAGGAGAAGCUGAUUGCCCAUGUGAGCACUGAGCAGUCAGUGGGCUGCACCAACAAGGUGACCGUGGUCGGUGUUGGUAUGGUGGGCAUGGCCGCUGCCGUCAGCAUCCUACUCAAGGAUCUCACUGAUGAGCUGGCUCUGGUUGAUGUGAUGGAGGAUAAGCUGAAGGGAGAGGCUAUGGACUUGCAGCAUGGCAGUCUCUUCCUCAAGACUCAUAAAAUUGUGGCUGACAAAGACUACAGCGUGACUGCCAACUCUAAGGUUGUGGUUGUGACUGCUGGUGCUCGCCAGCAGGAGGGAGAGAGCAGGCUGAACCUGGUGCAGAGAAACGUCAACAUCUUUAAGUUCAUCAUUCCCAACAUUGUAAAGUACAGCCCUAACUGUAUCAUCCUGGUGGUGUCCAACCCAGUUGAUAUCCUGACUUAUGUGGCAUGGAAGCUGAGUGGCCUUCCCAGGAACCGUGUGAUUGGUAGCGGCACCAAUCUGGACUCUGCUCGCUUCCGCUUCCUGAUGGGUGAGAAACUGGGUCUGCACCCAUCCAGCUGCCACGGCUGGGUGAUCGGAGAGCAUGGAGACUCCAGCGUGCCUGUAUGGAGUGGCGUGAAUGUAGCUGGUGUUUCCUUGCAGGGUCUCAACCCAGACAUGGGUACAGACAAGGACAAGGAAGAUUGGAAGAAUGUCCACAAAAUGGUGGUUGACAGUGCAUAUGAGGUCAUCAAGCUGAAGGGCUACACAUCCUGGGCUAUCGGCAUGUCUGUAGCUGACUUGUGUGAGAGCAUGCUGAAGAACUUGCACAAAUGCCACCCAGUGUCCACCCUGGUCAAGGGAAUGCAUGGUGUGAACGAUGACGUUUUCCUGAGCGUGCCCUGCGUCCUCGGCAGCAGCGGCCUGACCGACGUGGUGAAGAUGACCCUGAAACCGGAAGAGGAGAAGCAGCUGAUAAAGAGUGCUGAAACUCUGUGGGGUGUGCAGAAGGAGCUGACCUUAUGAACUGUCACCUCUCCUUAAACAUAGCCCCACUUAAAAAGUAAUGCCCCCAACACGUUUAACACUUUUCCCUGUCGUCACCCCCUUCAGUCUUGAUCGGAUAUCUCUGAUCAGACCUCAGACCCAUAGACCUUAACACUCCUCACUAUAAACUUUAGAGGAGGAUUAUUUAUGUAGUCUCGGAUGUAACGAGUAAUAUUAUGGUCUUUUGUGAAAGUAAGUGUUUGUCUGCAUGAGUGUUCAUGCUUCAUGUUGUCCUUUGCACUCCUGAUGGUAUGAAUUUCAAAAGAAACAUAUUUGUGAGCAGGAUGGUCGGCCAGUUUGGGUUUCUGUCUGGUAUACGUGUGCAUUCUGAGCUCAAGAGGCAUUCCAUCCCCUUUUCUUCCAAAUGCAGAAAUAAAGCCAGUAAGCAAGAGCCACUUUUUGUGAAACCAAAGCUGCAUUGAAGGUUUAGUGAAAAAAAUGCCAGUACCUAUAUGAAGGCAUGCACUUUUAUAACUAAAAUCAAUCAAAUGCACAUAUUUAUUGAACUCCAUGUACAAAUUGAGUUCAUAAGAUUAUGGCAUCAGUGGUAAACAAAUACCACAGACCUAACUGAAUGGCACUUGUUUUAACGUCUGGCAGUAUAUCCAUAAAGUUCAAAUAUAUUUUAAAUGUGGUUUGUUUGUGCAAUAUUCACUCUUGUGAUAUGUGCAUAAUCUCUCAGCAGUAAAGAUUAUUUUUAUAUAUUUAUUCCUGUGAGCUGACCUGUGCUCCUUGUGGCAUCAUACUCCGACGUGGCUAAAAGUGAAACUUGAUGUUUUACAACAAUCUAUCAUUUCAAUGUUCACUCCCAAAUAAAGUAAGUGUAAUAAAAUAAAGCUGAAGAAAAAUAUGAAUAA